UCAAUUUCCACUACUGUGCUAUUAAAUAUUUAAAUAGAAAUAUGUGAAAUAAUCGUCAUUCAUUAUAACAUUUGAUGUUUUUUUAAUAUUAAUAUUUCGUGCCUUAUGGUUAAAUUUGUGAAAGUCUCCACAAUAUUGAACGUCUACUGCACCUCUUCCUCAGGUUAUAAUUUACCUGUCUUUAAAAAACUAUAAAUUUGGAACCAGAAUUCAUCAUGGACAGUUUAUCGUUGGACUCGAGUAAUGAUUUUUUGAUUGAAGAAGAAUUUGGCUUGGAAAUUAACACUUGCGGAAUUUGCAAAAACCAGUUGAUGUGUCCAAGAAUUCUGAAUUGUUUACAUGUAUUUUGCGAGAAAUGUAUAUUGCAGCUUGUAAAUGUCAAUUCUAUGUUUAGUGUUCUCAAUAUUAUUUGUCCUGUAUGCAGUCAACCUACUACUACUCAGUUAAAUAGAGGUACUCUGACAUUGCCACAAGAUUAUGUAACAAGAGAUAUACUGGAAAUAGAAAUGCUGAAAAAUCAUAAACUCAUUUGCAAAUCAUGUAGAGACAACAAAGAAGCAACACAUAAAUGCAUUACCUGCUGCAACUUUUUGUGUUCUAGCUGUGAAAGUAUGCAUAAGAUGCUUGUCACUCCGGGCCAAUAUCAUUACAUGGUAUCCAUUGAAGAUAUGAUCCAAAGUGCACAAGAUAAAACAGCUAUUCAUAAAAUGGUGUUGUGUGAAAAACAUAACAAUGAACAAAUGCUUUAUUAUUGCAACAUAUGUAAUGAAUUAGCAUGUACCAAAUGCCUUAACAUACCCACACCCAGAACAUGCCAGCAUAGUUAUGACAGUCUUUCGAACGCUUACAAAAAGUAUGGAACUGAACUGGAGUAUUUAGUGCGCGAAAGCAAAAACGUAAUGAAAAAUGUGUCUACAUUACCAGCUACGUUAGAAAAGGCACUGGAUAACUUACAAACGUCUCAUGAUCACGUAAAAUCUAACGUUGAGGAAACUUUUCAGAGUUUCAAAGCUAUACUGGAAACGUGUAAAAAUGAUGUCCUAGCACAACUUAAAUCUGCUCAAAAACAACAAGAGUUAAAGAUAAUGGAUAAAUUUGAAGAAGUGAAAAAAAUUACUGAUAAUAUCAGUGGAGUGCAACAAUUUGCUACUCGUCUAUUGGAAAAUGGAAGUGAAUCUGAAAUCAUGGCUCUGAAGAAAUUGAUAUUUACUCAAAUGCUUCAGCUAUUUAGCCAAAUACCUGAUGUAGAUAUUGAUGCUAAAAUUUUGUUCUCGCCAGAUGUCGGCGGUUUUGAAAAUAAAUGCCGGACAUUUUUUGGACAGAUCGAAACCGAACAAAACAUCAAUGCCGCUGUCGGACCUAUUUCUCCACCGACUCCUAGAACUAAUUUUUUAACAGACCGUACAUUUCCGCCACCAGUGUUGGCACCUAUGGCGGAAUCGCAGAUAUUUGAUUUAAAUUUAGCUCGAUUAUGCUCCCUCAAUUCUGAAGACAAUUCUAUAUUACCGGCACUGCCAUCACCAGAUUCGCUGGGCGAUUUGUUGAACACUCAAAAUAAUUUUGAUAAUAAUUUCGCUCUCAAUAAUCUACAAGCUCUCGCUAAACUCGAUAAUAUGAGCAUCAACAACAACAAUAACAUGCUUCAAAGUUUGAUGAGUCCGUUGGCGUUGAAUCAACCUGGUCUCGAUCCGUUUUCCAUGGGCAGUACAUCUUCCAUGAGUUCUCCCACUACUACUUUGUCUCCUGAUAUUUACGGAGUGGCUACAAAUUCUAGUUGGUACAGUAAAGAAAAAAAGGCACCACCCUCUAGACCAAAGCGCCAUUCCAGUAGACCCAGCAUGGAUAUUGUAGCGAAAUUUGGUCAAAUGGGUAGCGGAUUAGGUCAGUUUCAUUCGCCUCACGGUUUCUGUCUGAGUCCUACAGAAGACAUUGUUGUGGCCGACACUCACAACCAUCGUAUUCAAGUAUUUGAAAAAGAUGGUACAUACAAGACUGAAUUCGGUAGGGAGGGUAAAGAAGACGGAUACUUGUUUUAUCCGAGAAAAGUGGUGUUUUUAAAUCACAAUCAAAUAGUCGUAUGCGAUCGCGGUUCAGACAGAUCUAGAGUACAGAUAUUUGAAUACCCGACUGGCAAGUUUAUAAAAAAAAUUCAAGUCCAAUUCAUAGAGAUUGUCGCUGGAGUCGCCGUGACUGCUACCGGCCAUCUUGCUUUAGUCGAUAGUGUACACCCCACGGUGUUUGUCUUGAACGUAAAUGAAGACAACGGCAUAAUGAAGUGGUUUGAUUGUGCUUCUUAUAUGGAAGAACCUUCGGACAUAAUUGUUAGAGAUGAAGAUUAUUACGUCUGCGAUUUUAAAGGUCACUCUAUUGUCGUGUUUAACGACGAGGGUGUAUGCUUGCGUCGAAUUGGCGGUGAAUAUAUCACUAGUUUUCCAAAUGGUAUAGAUAUAUCCGAGAAUGGAGAAAUAUUAGUUGGUGAUUCUCAUGGAAAUCGUUUCCACGUGGCCGUCUUUGCUCAUGACGGAACUCAUAUAACGGACUUGGAAUGUCCCUACAUAAAGGUAUCCCGUUGUUGCGGUUUAAAAAUUACAACCGGAGGCCAUAUUGUUACGUUGGCUAAAAACAAUCAUCAUGUUCUCGUAUUGAAUGCUACUGUCUGAUUCGAAUACAAAGCUAAUCUAUAUUAUCUUUUUUCCCCAAAAACGUAUUUUGUUAACUUAAUUUUUUCUUCAAUUUUAUUUUAUAGUUAAUUAAUUUUUGAGACUGCUCGAAGUGCAUUUUUUUUUUGUUUUUCUAGAUUUAACAAAUUUAUUUUAUUUUUUAAGUAUACUGACAUUUUACUGACUUUUUUUUAUUUUC